AAACUCACUUUUUUUUAAGGUUUUAAUCUUACAGUUUGGUGUAGGACGAAACUGGAAGGUAGUUUUUUUUUUUUUUUUUUUUGUUUUUCGUCCGGUAUCCGAAGUUUCGCCUCGAUUAAUCCGGAUUCGACCCGCGUCGUGCACUUGAAAAUGGUAGUGUGAAUGAAGAUGUUUAAAUUUUGGGUUUUGGGGGAAAAUGGGUCCUCGAAAGGUAGAAGUUCUCUUGUUUUGCACACCAGCUGAAUGGUAUGUUAUGUGCUGGGGUUUCGACAAGCUAUACUGGAAGGAUGCAGACUGUUUGGCUGGUUGUGCUUCCUCUGGAGUUGCAGCCUCAUCUGAUCUCCAUGCUUUUCCUGUACUAAGCUACUAAGUUAUCAUUAAUAAAUGAAUAUAAAGAGGGUAUUUUAUU